ACAUAAUCUUGGUUAUACUUAACUUAUUCAAUUUGAAGUAAAUGUUUAGUUGAAAAAUAUGCUUAAAAUAGUGUUGAAUUCAAUCUUAUUUAUUUUGAUAUCAUGCAUCCUAACAGUUUAUUGUCAAGAUCAACAAUCAUCUUUAAAAGCACUCCGAGGUGACUUAUUGAAAAAUUAUGAUCGAUAUAGUCGCCCAGUUAAGCAGGCUUCAACAACCAUCAACGUAACUUUUCAGUUUGGCAUCCAACAAAUACUCGAUUUGGAUAUGACCUCGCAGACAUUUCAUGUCGAUGGAAAUAUUAUUUUGACUUGGAAAGAUGAGUUCCUCGUAUGGGAUCCAUCCAAGUAUAAUGGAAUAAAGAAAGUAAUGUUCGACUUUCAUGAGAUUUGGACACCUGAUAUCAUUCCGUACAACACGGCUGCUGGUAUGAGUACAUUUGCUUCCGAUGCUCAUUCAACUCUAUCUGUUGAUUACAGAGGAAGAGUCUUUGCAUUAUUACCAAGCAAUAUUGUCGUCAGUUGUAUCACUGAUUUAACCGAUUACCCAUUUGAUGGACAAACAUGUUAUCUAGAGUUUGGCUCUUGGGUUUAUAAUGUUAAUGAACUCAACUUAACCAAAAGUAAAAGUGGACGUCUUUAUUACGAGCCUUACGUGAAAAAUAGUGAAUGGAACGUUGACAAGAUUUCAGGUUACAUUUUCACAGAGUAUACGGCCUUUUCAAAUGUUUCCGUCGCUCGCAUCAUAAUCAAUGUUUCUCGUCGUGUCGAUAUUCAUUUUUAUUAUAUCUUAAUGCCAUAUUUAACUGCUAGUCUAUUGGGUUUAGUUGUAUUCCUUGUGCCCAUCGGGUCAAUUUAUCGCAUUGUGUUUGGGUCACUUGCUUUAUUCAUUUUAGUCAACUUACUUCUGUUCUUGGCUUACAAUAUUGGUUUUCAUGCAUUAGGAGUUCCAUAUGCAGUUCGCUGCAUCAGUAUAAAUAUUAUGUUGAUCACAAUUUCCCUGGUUGUAACCAAUAUGACUUACCAAUUGAUCAUGUCUUUGAUGGUAACAUGUCCACCUUUACCAAGUUGUUUAGCCCACCAUCUAACAAACCCAAUAUUGGCACGAAUAUUUGUUCUCAAAGGGAAUCUGGAAUCGACCGAAUUAGAUGAAGAAGCUAAUGUUAAUGAUUUUUCUAACCAACAACCAUUUCAAUCAACUUCUUCACGAGCAGCUAUUCGGGAAUGGGCUCUACUUUUACGGCUGAUUGAUCGACUUCUUUUCAUUACUUACAUUGUUGUAAUAAUAAUAUACCAUAGCUAAACAAUUUUUCAAUAAUGAAGUUAAUUAAAAGAAAAAUCUUAUUACCAAA